CGUGAACAGUUAUGUAGCGGAUAGCGCGCUCUCUCUCGCUUUCUAGGUAAAUAGGGUAGGUUAGCUAAUAUGUUGCUAGUUUAGUAUAGGUAUUCAAGUCGUCUAUUAAGUUUUAUUACCGUUUACACGUGUGGAAAAGGCAGGCAGAAGAACAGUUAUUGCAAUUUAAGAAAGAACAUCUAAAACACUAAACACAGAUCGAGGUGUCAGUCUAAUUUGAUAAGUGAAACCGGGAUCCAAAAGCCCUUUGACGAAACAGCCGUCCAAAAACUUUAACUUGUUCUCAGAGGCGGGGAAACCCCGCGCGACAAUGACAACUUUGGCUGCUGACGUAAAUCAAGACCGUCAGUCAAAUUAUCACCAACAAGACCAUUUAGUCACCAUGCAUCAACCAGAAACCGCGAAGAACGUCCACGUUUAUCUUAACGGCGAUCGAUUCUUUCCUGGUAGAAAGUUCGUUGUGAAUAGGAGACACAUAAGCGACUUUGAUGGAUUUCUAAACCAGGUCACAGUCGGAAUGAAGGCACCGUUUGGAGCAGUUCGUAACAUAUACACACCAAACCUGGGCCACAGAGUACGAGACCUCACCCAACUACAGAAUGGAAUGGACCUCGUUGCAGGAGGUGUCGAAAGGUUUCGAAAAAUACAAUACAAAGAGAUCUACCUCAGGAAAAAACCGCCACCCAGAAGAACCAUUUUUCAAUUACCACAUCACAACAGAAUGAACGUGUCCGCGAGAUGGCGCAAGUACGUCAAAGAACCAUGCCAAAUUUAUGUUUAUGGAAACGGGGACAUAAACGCUCCUGCUAUUCGUCUCCUCCUGAUUCCACGAGCGAUGAAAUCCUGGGACCUUGUACUCAGUGAGAUCACAGAAAAGAUUUGUCUUCGAACCGGUAAAGCAGUGCGGAAGCUUUACGAUAUGGAUUACCAUUUACUUGGCGAUCCCUCUGAGCUUGAAAACGGCAAGUAUUACAUCGCAGUCGGUACUGAACGGAUAAAGAAGAUUGCUUACGGUGACAUCAACUCUAUGCAGAAAACACAUUCUCCUCGAAGAGGAAACCCUCUCCCGCCGAUCAAGCGACGUCCAAGGCCGCCGCAAAAAGAAGGAGACGAUCAAACGUACACGAAAAUGUACGCCCAAAGGAAGCAACAUAAAGAAGAAGAAGAGACAACUGUAAUGGGUGCAAGUGCUUUGACGGGAUACAGACCACUCAAAACGAAAAAGUACAAGCCCAAACCACCUGGUGCCCAUCCAACACAUGAAGGAGAAUCCGUAUUCCACGCUAAACCUGUUAAGGUGAAAAGAUCAGGGAAGAUGAACAACAUCCCACAUCCUCCAUCAGCGGAGAGCGAUGGUGUCUUCCAUGCAAAUGGGGAAACCAUCCGUGCCGAGGAAGUCCAGGAGGACGAGGACACCAAAGUUGAUCUUCCAAUUGACCAGGUUCCUGCUGAUGCGGUUGAUGAAGAAGCCAUUGAUGAUCAAGCUGUGGUCAACACCAACGGACAUGAUGAAGAUGUCAAUGUUAAUGUUGCUGCAUCCAAUGCUGAUGAACAUCGGGAGUCGGAACCAGUGAUUGAAAACAAUGAAGUCAAUGAAAAUGACGAAGCAGGAGCAGAGGAAGAAGAUUACACUGCUCCUGUCCCCGCUGCCGCCCCUCCCGUUACUAACACCCAACCAGAAGAGGAGUUAGUGGAAGAGGAGGUAGAGGAAGACCAAGAGGAUGAAGUUGUACAGGAACCUCUUCCAGUUGUUGCACCCGUGCCAACAGAACUUCCAACAGAAGAGCAAAAUGGAGUUAAAGUGGCUGAGCAACAUGAAGAUGAAAUUUUGGAGAAUGAAGUCUUGGCAAAUAAUCAAGAAGAUGAUCAGGUUGUGGGUGAGGAUCUUGUAGAAGUAGACGCAGUUGUUACCACAGAUGGUGGUGAUGAUCAAGUGUCUGAUGAGGUUGAAGCUGAUCUGUUGACACCUUUGGAUGAUGUUGAAAAGAACACUGAACCACAAGAUGAACAAGUUGAUUCUAAUGACUUGGUUGAAGCUGAAAAUCUAAACCAAGAAGAGUUAGAAGAACCAAAGGACCAUUUAGAAAAUGAAGUUACAGAAGAUCAAAAAGUUGAAGAGGAUAAAUCAGCGAAAAUAGAAGAUCAACCAUCUGAAGAAGUUCAAAACCAUGAAGAAGCCGAGAAUGAUCAAGAUAAACCUGAAGAUGAUCAAGAAGUGGUGAUACCAAAUGAAAUUGUUGCAGUGCCAGUUGUUGUAUCAAAUGAUGAAGACGAAGCAGUUGUGGAGGUACCAAGCACCCCAGAAGUACCUGCCCCUGUUUCAGAAACUCUUCCUGAUACCACAACUUCUGAAGCAUUACCUGAUGUGACAACAACUUCAGAAGCUGCUCAAGAUCUAGGUGAAGAUCCAGCUGUGGAAGACCCGACCAGUGCAGUUGCUGAAGAACCUGAGAAACAUAACGAGGUAACUUCUGAUGUUAAUGAAGAAAAUCUAGCCAAUAACGAAGCUUCGAUUUCUGAGGAUCUUGCUGAGGAUGAACAUGUUGAACAAGAACCAGUAAAUGCAGUUGAAGAUUUAGAAAAAGAUGAUGAUCAAGUGUUAUCGGAAGAAAUCAGACCUGUAACUCCUUCUUCCCCAAUCCCAACCACAGAGGAGGAUGCUCUUAUUAGUUUUGAUGAUACUCCAAAAGAAACUACUGAAGAUCUCAAAGAACAACCUGAUAUACAAAGGUCUUCUGCAGAUGGUGAAGCGAUCAUUCCAACUGAAAACUCUGAGAAUGUGGUUACAGAAGACGCGGUUCCCCUUGACAACAAUGGCAAUGUUGAUGAAUCACUCAAAUUGGUGUCUCCCGAAAAUACAGCGAGGUUCGUUAAUACAAGACCAGCAUCAGACGCACUUACGGUGAACGAUGAUCCAGCAGUCGCUAGUUCUGUUGAAAUAAAAUCAAGCCUGCCGAACGGAUCGGCUGGUGUAGAAGUCCCCCCAUAAAAAGAAAAUUAAGGUUCAUCUUAGUUCCAUGUUUAAGAAACCUUUCCAAAUUUUCGGUAUCAAAAACACUUCACAAAGAUACUGAAGACGGUCGUCUCAUAUUUCCGCAGUGUUACACUUGUUUUUGUACUGUGGUGACUUUCCUUUUUGCAGUUAUAGCAGUUAAUUUUCUUUUUAGUUUUACACAUUAAUUUAUGAGCUGUAUUAUUCGAACCAACUGGUGAUUUUUGUUGCUGUCAUCGGCUUAUAGUUUUCUUCCACUUAUAUUUUCCUAACUGUAACAAGACUAUGCGUAUGUACAUCUUCCUAUACCUAAAACGCGCACAUUUUCUGUAAAGAAACUCCUUACAAAGCAAGUAACGCCGCACAAAUUUGUUAAUUUAAUAGUACCAUGUUGGUUGUGCAGCUCAUUAAGUAUUUAGCCCAAACCGUCCGAUGUCAGAGAAGUGUUUUGCCCAUGUACUUGAAUGUAUAUUAGCACUGUAAAAGUAAGGCUCUGUGUGCUUAGCGUACAUCUGUCGUGAACAAGUGUAUUCUGACGCCCAGUAAAUUGACUAUACUGUGUCCAUGAAGGUAAGCGCUAUAGGUUUACGUCUCUGGAAAGAGCCAUAAAGUCCACUCAUUAUACUACAUACUUAUUAGUAUUAUGUCGUUGUAGUCCACCCGUGUUGUGUUUAUUGUUUUUGUACACUUGCGCACAUGUAGUCCGCUCUGUUUUGGUCACACUACGAGCAUCGACUUAUUAAAUAUUUAAAAAGCAAA